AUGGGUUUGCCUUGGUAUCGUGUUCAUACUGUCGUAUUGAAUGAUCCCGGUCGAUUGCUUUCUGUCCAUAUAAUGCAUACAGCUCUAGUUUCUGGUUGGGCCGGUUCGAUGGCUCUAUACGAAUUAGCGGUUUUUGAUCCCUCUGACCCUGUUCUUGAUCCAAUGUGGAGACAAGGUAUGUUCGUUAUACCCUUCAUGACUCGUUUAGGAAUAACCAAUUCGUGGGGUGGUUGGAGUAUUUCAGGAGGAACUAUAACGAAUCCGGGUAUUUGGAGUUAUGAAGGUGUCGCAGGGGCACAUAUUGUGUUUUCUGGCUUGUGCUUCUUGGCAGCUAUCUGGCAUUGGGUGUAUUGGGAUCUAGAAAUAUUCUGUGAUGAGCGUACGGGAAAACCUUCUUUGGAUUUGCCCAAGAUCUUUGGAAUUCAUUUAUUUCUCUCAGGGGUGGCUUGCUUUGGCUUUGGCGCAUUUCAUGUAACAGGUUUGUAUGGUCCUGGAAUAUGGGUGUCCGAUCCUUAUGGACUAACUGGAAAAGUACAAUCUGUAAAUCCAGCGUGGGGCGCAGAAGGUUUUGAUCCUUUUGUUCCGGGAGGAAUAGCCUCUCAUCAUAUUGCAGCGGGUACAUUGGGCAUAUUAGCAGGUCUAUUCCAUCUUAGUGUCCGUCCGCCUCAACGUCUAUACAAAGGAUUACGUAUGGGAAAUAUUGAAACUGUACUUUCUAGUAGUAUCGCUGCUGUUUUUUUUGCAGCUUUCGUUGUUGCUGGAACUAUGUGGUAUGGUUCAGCAACUACCCCAAUCGAAUUAUUUGGUCCCACUCGUUAUCAGUGGGAUCAGGGAUACUUUCAGCAAGAAAUAUAUCGAAGAGUUAGCGCCGGACUAGCCGAAAAUCUGAGUUUAUCGGAAGCUUGGUCUAAAAUUCCCGAAAAAUUAGCUUUUUAUGAUUACAUUGGUAAUAAUCCGGCAAAAGGGGGAUUAUUCAGAGCAGGCUCAAUGGACAACGGGGAUGGAAUAGCUGUUGGAUGGUUAGGACACCCCGUCUUUAGAGAUAAAGAAGGGCGCGAGCUUUUUGUACGUCGUAUGCCUACUUUUUUUGAAACAUUUCCGGUAGUUUUAGUAGAUGGAGACGGAAUUGUGAGAGCCGAUGUUCCUUUUAGAAGGGCAGAAUCAAAAUAUAGUGUUGAACAAGUAGGUGUAACUGUCGAGUUCUAUGGUGGCGAACUCAAUGGAGUUAGUUAUGGUGAUCCUGCUACUGUAAAAAAAUACGCUAGACGUGCCCAAUUAGGUGAAAUUUUUGAAUUAGAUCGGGCUACUUUGAAAUCCGAUGGUGUUUUUCGUAGCAGUCCAAGGGGUUGGUUCACUUUUGGGCAUGCUACGUUUGCUUUGCUCUUCUUUUUUGGACACAUUUGGCAUGGUGCUAGAACCUUGUUCAGAGAUGUUUUUGCUGGUAUUGAUCCAGAUUUGGAUGCUCAAGUGGAAUUUGGAACAUUUCAAAAACUUGGGGAUCCAACUACAAGGAGACAAGUAGUCUGA